UGAGUUCUCUCAUUGAGUUGAACAGAGCAGUAAGAGUCUGGCCUCAGCAGCCCCUGAUCUGAGCCCCAUCUCUCCGCUCCAUUUGCAUUCACUGGCUAAAACUGGCUGGCAGGGCAACACUCGCAACUUUCCGUUCCAGGCUUUGAAGCGUUCCAAAAGUUUUUAUUGACUUGGAGUGGAGGGGACAGAAAGAGAGAGAGGGAGAGAGAGUGGAGAAGAACAAGAGGAAGAAGACAAAGAUAAAGUACAACUAAAACCUUAGACUUCCACAGGAACAGGGGAACAGGUGGGCUAAGCCGAAAUAAACGAAGCUGGAGGCAGGUUCUCUAGGGGUCAUGGAUAUCAGGAUGCAACGAGAUGAGGCAUCAGCCCAGGAAGUGUUCAGCUACGCCCAGAUGUCCACCCUGGAGCGAAACAGUGGGGUAGGGACGCUAAGUCGGCAUCUGGAGCGGGAGAGGUUGGAGAGAGACAGCUACACGGUGGAUGUCAGGGCCAGUGACCUGCAGCUGGAUCGGCCUGGGCCAUUACAUCCCUGCUUUAGCUACAGAAUCUGGCUGUACAGCGUUGUCAUAGGGAGCAGCUUGCUGAUAGCGGCAGCUUUCUCUCUCUAUAUGGGUAAUGUGUUUCCAGCUGCAAUGGACUACCUGCGUUGUACUGCUGGAUCUAGUAUUCCAGCUGCAGUGGUGAGCUUUGUUAUUGCCAAGAACAGACAAGUUGCAAUCUCAGACUUUCAAUUGGUCUACGUGUCCUCCUUUGCUGUGACAACCACGUGUCUGGUGUGGUUCGGAUGUAAACUCGCCAUUAGUCCCUCAGCCAUCAAUAUUAACUUUAACCUGCUCCUGCUUAUUGUGCUGGAAGUGCUCACGGCUAGUACUGUUAUCCUAUCAGCUCGCUCAGCGGAGGACUGUUGCAGACACUGCAGGCCAGUGUCUGAUGGCCCUGUGGUUGUGACCCCAGCUUCGUUCCCCACACGUCUUCUCAAGGCCUAUGCCGUAAUUGAGGUUAUACUGGGCAUCGCCGCUGUAUUCGGAGGAAUUAUUGCUCUCAAUUUAGGUGCUCUCCUCCCAGAGCCAUACCUUUCUGUCACUUUCUUCUGGAUUCUGGUAGCUUGUUUCCCCAGUGCCAUUGCCAGCCAUGUGGUGGCAGAAUACCCCAGCAAGAGUCUGGUGGAGAUGCUGAUUGCUAUAAGUAGUGUGACAUCACCACUGCUUUUCUCUGCUUCUGGAUUCUUGUCCAGCAGUGUGAUUAAUUUUAUUGAGAUCUUUCUGCAUGAAGUGACAUUAGUCAAGCAGACGUAUGACAUACUGCUGCUUGUCCUGAUGGGACUGCUGCUGGUGCAGGCGGUGCUGACGUUAGCCACCGUAAUAAAGUGUGCUUCCUACAAGAGCCAGCUCCGCAUGGGACGUACUGAAUGGGACACGCUACACAAAAAGCACUGUGAGCAACACACAUCAAAUGGUACACUAAGGGAUUUUGACAAAGAAAAGGCCUGGAAAGCAGUGGUGGUCCAAAUGGCCCAGUGACCAAAGAUACAGGCAACAGAAGGAAAUACACUGAGAAAGAAAGUGAAUGUACAAAUAUGGAAGAUGAGAAUGUCAGUUGGAAGAGAAGCAUUACUUUUCGGGGUAUAAAACUUAAGAG